CCCUCCCGCAUCUCUCCUCUCUCCUCUAGCAUCCUCCACCGUGGUGGUGCCAUGGAGAGAUGUGGAUAGAGCUUUGUCUGUACACGGAUUUAUAAAAGCCUGUUUUUGAUCUGGGUGGAUUGCGCUUGCCUGCUUAGUCUGCAUCUGUCAGGGGAGCUACGUUGCCUGCAUAUCAAUCUCUGGCUUUUCUUUUUGGCUAGGCUACAGCUAGCAAGACCUGAACUGUUGUGAAGCGGGAAUUUAAUUUUCUCCUCCUUCCUUCAAAAUCUUUUUGGGUUUUUUUCUAUCUAAGCAUGGUGCUUCAGUAAACUUCCUCUAAUGUUGCUUUGAGCCAUGCGCUUAUGGAUUCACACUGAAGCUGCUUUUAAUGUUGGUUUGCCUCAGAGGUCUUGUUAGUUUUGUGUGAAUAUAUUUGGAUUAUAUAUCUUUUUUUGUCGACACAAUGUUGUUCUCUCCCAAAUUUUCCCUGUCUAACAUCCAUGUGAAGCUGACUGCUAAAGGUUUACUCCGGAGCCUCCAGUUGCUUUCAGGCUUCAAGAAGAACACCGUGGUGUUUCGAGCAGUUGACAAAAGCAAGACAAAGAAGAGCUCACCGAGCCAGCAGCAGGCCCACACCAAUGGUCAUCCUGACCUUGUGCCCCCAGAGACCAAGCCAAGAGGACUGGAGUACUACAAGGCUUUGUGUGAGAAGAAGAACCAAACCAUCCAGCAGCUGAAGAACAGCUUUUCUGCUAGCAACCGCAGAUUCGAGGCCAUUGCUGUUGUUGUACAAACCCUUUCCACACAGCAUGAAGAAUCAGCAAAACAGCAUCAGGAGCGCUCUGUGGAACUGCUCAACCUGCACGGGGAACUCGUGAACUGGGAGCAAUCAUGCGAGCGUCUAGAGAAGGAGAAGGAGGAGCUGAAUGCAGCUUACGAUAAAGUGUUGGAGAAAGUGCAGGAACAACACCACCUGGACCUGGCUGACCUGGAGGAAAGACUGAAAACUUUCUACACAACCGAAUGGGAGAAAAUCCAACAGACGUAUCAGGAAGAAACAAUGAAGAACAAAGCCUUGAUGAAGCAACAGCUUGAGGAAUUAAGCUACAAACAUGAGGCGAUGCAGAAAGUACUGGAAGAAAACCAUGAAGAGAAGGUUAAGGGCCUUAAACAGCACUAUGAAGAAUCUUUUGAAGAACUUAAAAAGUCUCAUGAGCAGGAGAUGCAAGCUCUGGAAAAAAUGCAAAAAGACACAGAAGCGACGUUAUCUAGUCAAAUCGAGGAGCUCACUACAACAAACGGCUACUUUAGUGAGAGGCUGAAAGCAGAGGAGGAACGAAGAAAGGCACUGGCUGAGAAAUGUCAGGACUCUCACACCCUCUAUCUGGAGCAAGAGCUAGAAAGUCUGAAAGUGGUGCUGGACAUUAAGAACAAGCAGAUUCACCAACAAGAUAAGAAACUGAUGCAAUUGGACAAACUGCUGGAGAAAAAUGUGAAGCUUGAUGAAUGCCUUAAGAAAGUCCAGCAAGAAAAUGAAGAUCUAAAAGCCAGGAUGGACAAGCAUGCUGCAUUGUCAAGGCAACUGUCCACAGAGCAGGCGGUCCUGCAGGAAUCACUUCAGAAAGAGACGAAAGUGAAUAAGCGUCUAUCAAUGGAAAAUGAGGAGCUGCUGUGGAAACUACAGAAUGGAGAUCUGAGCAGUCCCCGCAAAAUGUCUCCCUCUUCCACCUCCAUGACUCUGCAGUCCCCUCAGCACUCAGGCAUUUUCUCCAGCCCCCCAGUUUCCCCAAGAUAACACUGGUCUUCAGCUUCGAGGAAGCAGCUUCUCAAACACUCAGACGCCAGGGACAGAGUUCGUGUCGACACUGAAGGCUAUAUUAGUCGUGUGGGUCCACAACCUGUCACCUGAAGGACAUUAAUCCAAAAUGGAUCUACUCUCAGGUGUACUUUGUACAGUUGAAAGACUUUUAUAACUGAUUAAAGGAUUGCACAGAAGCACUUAAUCAAUUAGGCCACCUUUUUGUACUUUGCCUUUCACGUUUGA